AUGCAAAACUUUGAAAAUAAUCUUGAUUGGUUCUAGCUUGAAAAGUUUACAGAAAACGAGCUAAAGAUAAUAUUCUUGCAGUGCUACGGGUAAUUCAAUAUAUCUUCAAAUGACUUCAAUGAUACUCAAAAGAUAGAUUCUCUUUAUCAAAAAACUCUUGAUUAAAUUUAUGAAUCUCUGUAAAGAUAAUCUUUUAAAACUUUGACUUCGCAGAAAAUCUAAGAAAAUUUACUUCAAUUCCAAAAGCAAAUUGAAAAUCCAAGAUAUGAUUUUAAAGGACUUGAGUUUGAAGUAUAUUUUGAAGAUGUAAUCAAGAGUGAUUAUAAAAGCUUAGCAUUUUAAAUUUCAAAGGCAUUUUAUAUUGAUAAGCUUUCUAUGUUUUUCUAAGCGUGUAGGAUAACUGACUAAAACAUAAAAAUUCUCUCGCUGAUAUUUACUUAGAACAAAAGUAUUAAAAAUUUAAAGCUUCAUAUUGGUAGUAACUCAAUCACUAAUUAAUCAAUGUUCUACAUCAUCUUAAACCUAGCUUUAAAUAAGAGUAUUAAAAGCAUAGAAUUAGAGUAUAAUAAUUGCGAAAUGUUAGUUUUAAAGGAAACUACGAGAAUGUUAUCAGCAUUUUUACAUUAUAAAGCUAAAGACUGCCCACUAGUAGAAGUUAAUAUCAGUGGUGGUUUUGGUUUAACCAAUUUACCCUUAAUUCCUUAAAAUCUAUAAACACUUUAAAAAAUAGAUUUGCAUGUAAGCAAUAAUAUUUUCAAGGAUGAUUAAUUAUUAAUUAAUAUUUGCUCAGGUUUGUAAAAUAAUCAAAAUCUGGAAGUAUUUUCGCUAGAUUUCAAAAAUAAUAAUCUUACUCAAUAUGGAAUUUCUUAACUUGCAAAUUUUCUUUAUCCCACAAAAUAAGAAUCUAAAUUAAAAGAAUUGAGGCUCAGUUUAAGCGGAAUUGAAUAAGGCUGCAAUGCUAGCUAAGCAAUCCCAAAAUUAGGAGAAGUUUUACAAACUAUGAAAUAAUUAUACAAAUUUGAGAUAAACUUGAAUGACUUUAAUUUAGAAAGCAAUCAUUUUGGCUAAUUUUUAAACUGCUUAAAAGCUAAAUAGGGAUUGCCUUUCUAGUGGCUUUUUAUUUCUUAUUCAGGAAACCCCAAUAUCAAAUUAGAAGAUGAAGUCAUUCUGGGAGAAAUAAAUGCUAAAAAUUACUUUAACUAUGGAAUAAACGUCGACAUAACAAAUGACUAAAUCAAAAUAAGCAAUAAAAAAAUUGGUGCAUAAGAAGACAAUAGUUUAACUUAUGGCUAAAUUAAACAAAUUGGAGAAAGUGUUUAUAAUUUUCCAAACUGUUAAAAACUCGACUUAAGUUAAUUUAGAGCUAACUGGAGUCUUAAGCAAUAAAGGCUCCUGAAGUACAUUCACAUAACCAGUGGAUGUAAUACUACAUGCUAUGUCUCGAAUAUUGAAGACUAAAGUAUUCCUAAAUGGGAUUUACUUGACAUUUUUCUCUCGAUAAACAAGCUACAGAUACUAGCAAUUUACAAAUCUUUGCAAGGUAUUUUGCCAAUUUCUUUGCCUUUAGCUAUAUAUGAUUUAAGAGAGGAUAUGGAUUUGUAAAUUAGUAAAAAUUAUAAUCUUUGA